AUGAGGGGCCAGAGCGGGAAGGCGGCGCACGGGGCUGGGCCCUGGGCGCUCCUCAGCCUGCAGGUGGCUUUCCUGCUCCUGCCAGGGACCUGCUGCCGGAGCCUCUGGUGGCCCUCCGAGCCGCCCCCGCGGGAGCAGCAGUCCGGCCCGCCGCUCCCCGGGCCCUCGGUGCCGGCCCCGCCGCUGCCACCCGACGGCCCGCCGCCCCCAGCCGCCCCGCCGGACAGCGGCUCCGGAGCCCUCGCCCCCGAGGCGACCCCCGCCCCCGGCCUCGGGCUUCCGAGCUCUUCGGAGGAAGCGGACGAGGAGUCUCCCUCCGUCUCCCCCAGCUCGGACGAGUCCAAGGCGAAGGAGGGCCCCCCCAGAGACCGGCCUCCUCCUGCCGGGCCUCCCGACUCCUCCGAACGCCGGCCGGAGCUGUCCCCAUCGGCGCCGGGGGAACACCCCGCGGGGUCCCCGCCCCCGCCCGGCCCGGCCGACGGCCAGUACCCCGGGGCCGGCUACGGUGCGGCCCAGCCCUACCCCGGGAAUGCGUGGGGGGCCCAGAAUCAGGUCCCGGGCGGCCACUGGGGGCUGGGAGGGCCAGGGCCCCUCCGGCCCCCGCAGCCCGGCUCCCCCUGGGGCAUCGGCCACCGGCCGCCCGGCCAGGCCUGGGGGCUCGGGCACCGCCAGCCUGGGGCCCACUGGGGGUAG